GCUAACAUGAGUCUCCCCAGGAUUGAACCACGCACUCUGGUAGAGGGAUGAUUGUACUUUAACAUGAGUGAUAUAUACGGUAAAAUCGCGUCAGCUGAAAUAUUGUGGUAACAAUAUAGUUCAGUUUUAAUCUUGAACAAUUUCAUGUACAACACAAACAUAUCAAAGUCAUAUUGUUGUAACAUUAUGACAAACCUCCCCCUACGAUUGGUAUGUUGGUAUCGUUCACUGUCAUGGCUGCCUGAGCGAGUGGACAUUUGGCAGGCUUGUUACGGUAUCAAUCUGUGGAGAAAUAUAACGUUUAUUCGGUUAUUCGAGCAGAAAUAGAGUUUUUAAUUAGGUUUGUUGCUUAAAUACUUCACGAUGGCGGGGAGCAGCACGGCCCAGAAAACAUGGGAGCUAACUAACAGCAUGCAGGAAGUUCAGAGCAUAGACGAAAUAUACAAAUAUGACAAAAAGCAACAACAAGAAAUCCUCGCUGCCAAGCCAUGGACAAAAGAUCAUCACUAUUUCAAGUACUGCAAGAUCUCGGCCUUGGCCUUGCUGAAGAUGGUGAUGCAUGCCAGGUCUGGAGGAAACCUGGAGGUGAUGGGCCUCAUGCUGGGGAAGGUGGACGGGGAAACCAUGAUCAUUAUGGACAGCUUUGCGUUGCCCGUGGAGGGCACAGAAACCAGAGUCAACGCCCAGGCUGCAGCGUAUGAAUACAUGGCCGCCUACAUUGAAAAUGCCAAACAGGUCGGCCGGCUGGAGAAUGCUAUCGGCUGGUAUCACAGUCACCCGGGUUACGGAUGCUGGCUCUCAGGCAUCGACGUCAGCACUCAGAUGCUCAACCAGCAGUUUCAGGAGCCUUUUGUGGCCGUUGUGAUCGACCCCACUCGGACUAUUUCUGCAGGGAAAGUCAACCUUGGCGCCUUCAGGACCUACCCAAAGGGUUACAAGCCUCCGGAUGAGGGACCCUCAGAGUACCAGACGAUCCCGUUGAACAAGAUCGAAGACUUUGGUGUUCACUGUAAACAGUAUUACGCCCUGGAGGUCACUUACUUCAAGUCCUCCCUUGACAGAAAGCUCCUUGAACUCCUGUGGAACAAAUACUGGGUCAAUACUUUAAGUUCCUCAAGUCUCCUCACGAACUCUGACUACACCACAGGCCAGGUGUUUGACCUGUCGGAGAAGCUGGAACAGUCGGAGGCUCAGCUGGGCAGAGGCAGCUUCAUGCUCGGGUUGGACACACACGACAGGAAGUCUGAGGACAAACUGGCCAAAGCAACACGAGAUAGCUGCAAGACAACGAUCGAGGCGAUUCACGGCCUGAUGUCUCAAGUCAUCAAAGACAAACUCUUCAAUCAAAUCAACACAUCUGGAAACUAAAACCUCGACGAGCAGCUGGUUUCAGAUUCGGAGGUGUUUUCUUCUGCAUGUCGGCAUUUAUUGCUUUGAGUGUAACUGGGUAGAAUUAUCUGUAAUUUUUAUUAAAUUUCUUCUUUUGUGCUAGAAGUAGCUGCAGAUUAUUUACUGUCGAGGUUUGAUGCAAAAAUAAAAGGUAUAAAGUACAA